AUGAGAUAAUAUUAAUCAUAACCAUAAAAGUCUCCUUCAAACAGAGAAAAGAGCAACACUGUGUUUACUCAAAUGGAUUCAGUUGAAAAUUGUUACUCAAAUGAAAAUAAUUAACAUGAUCAAUAUUUCAAUCAGAUCAUCUAAAUGCUCUAAAAAAGACAGGAGUUUUAAGAAUAAGAAUACAGAAUUAAAGUAGCCUCUUUAGAAAAGAGAAUUAAAUACUUAAUUUAAAUCAGUUCCUAACUAACACAAUAAAAUACUCAACUAAAAUUAUAAUAUGCGGAUUUAGUCAAAGAAUAUGACAUUAUGAAAGACAGAAUUAUGAAUUAUGAAGCCAAUAUGAAAACUAAAAAUUCAGAAUAUUCAAUAAGUUUAGAUGAAGUAACUAAAUUAAAAACUGAAAGAGAAAAACUCUUAGGAUUAGCUAAUAAGUAUCAUGAAAGAUCAAAAAUUAGAAAGAAGCAAAGUAUUGAAUAGGAAAACGCCAUCACCAUUUUACAAAAAUAAGUUAAUGAUUUACAAAAGGAUAACCUGAUUUUGGUGUCUGAAAAAUAAAAUUUAUUAUUGCAAAGUUAAUAUAACCAUUAAUUUGCUAAUUAAUAAUAAAAUAUAUUGCAGAUAGGAAAUUGUAGGAAAAUACAAUAGAUUAUCAAACGAUUCUUGAAUGAUUACUGCAUUCAUCUCACAUAUAUCAAUAAUGAGACUAAUCAAUUGAUUGUUCUACUGAAAGAAUAUCAUGACAUCAAUCUAGAUCUUAAUAAUUAAUCUAAAUAUAAUAAGCUUGUAAAACAAUUUGAUUCGUUAAUUCAUAAAUAUAAUCAGAUGUUAGAGCAACAUAUCAAAUUUCAAUACUAAUUUAAUAUUUCUACAUAAGACACUUUAUUAUUAAACAAUAAUAAUAACAAUAAUAAUUAAAAUUAAUAUUUUUACAAUAAUAAUAAUAAUGCAAAUAAUACUAUUUUAAGUAGCAAAGUAAACAGCUAUAAUAAUUUUUAUCAAAGCAAUGCUAAAUAAGAUAUACUUAGAACCAGCAAGUUUAUUAAAAUCUAAUCGAUUAAUAUGUUCCUAACAUAAAUUGUUGAAUCGUUUAUUAUCUAUAUUUUUAGAGUUAGAAAUCUAAAUCAUCAAAUUCUCUAAUCAGACCCAACUCAUAAUGAAUAAAAAACCAUUCUAAAGAAAACCAUAAUCAUGAUUAUUGCAAUAAUAAGAAUGCAAAGGAAAAAAAAAUAUCAUGAUUAUAAACCAAUGGUUAUAGAAUUACCUAUUGAGGAGACUAUGUAUUAAUUACUAGAAAUAAUAAGUACUUAAUAACAGUUAAUAGAGAAAUUUUAGGAGUGA